AUGAGAGUGUCCUUCCUGGAGCAGUAUAAUGAAGAGCUGUUUGACCUGCUGUCCGCCCAUGAUGAUUUCUCCAAGCUUAGAUUGUACAAAGACUCCAGCGAAAAAGGGUCUCCAUCAUUCAAGGCCUGGAGGAGGUGCUGUCGCUCCCACACUGUGUUCACUGUCAUUGUGCACAUGAAGGAGAACACUGUAGAUAGUGAUGAGUUGAUGAAGACCAGCAAGCUUCAUCUAGUGGACCUGGCUGGCUUGGAGAACAUAGGGUGGUCUGGUGCUUUGGAGAAGAGAGCGAGGGAGGCUGGCAACAUCAACAUGUCCCUCUUGACUCUUGGCCACGUUAUUACUGCCCUGGUGGAGAGGGCCUCUCAUAUUCCAUACAGAGGGUUGAAGCUGACAUGCCUCCUGCAAGAUGCUCUGGGAGGCCGCACAAAGACCUCAGUUAUUGCGACCAUCUCCCCAUCCUCCAUCAAUCGCUUAUAA